AUGGCGCCCACAUUACCAUCGGAAUUGCCAGUGUAUGCCGAUCAAGUUACGGAUAUUGGUUCCUUUGCUAAUCUACUAACAGAGCUCUCAAAGUGUAUUGUACAUGCUGUCGCGGAUGGCAGAACUGUCACGAAAGCUAAUAAACUUUUUAUAAUAGCUGCAGCCGAGGAAAUCCAGAAGUCGGUUAGAAAUCUCGUUGACAUUCAAGAGCUUGGUGCGGUAAAUUUUCAACCAUCAGUUGAGAACCACUGCCACCUGAGGACCGAGGAAAUUAUUGAGGGAGUCCGUUACGAACUCAAAAAGUUCAGACAAGAGUUUAACACCCAAUCCAUCGCCUCUCAACCACCAUUUACCUCUUACGCAGCAGUAGCUUCUAAAUCAAAAUUUGUUCCUGCACCCAAAGUCAAAUCCAAUCCGGCACUGAUCAUUAGCUCCACAGAAGAAGGCUCUACCAAUUCCCACGAGGUGGUGAGUAAGUGGAAGGAGAAUAUCUCUUUUCGUCAACUCGGCUACGCCCCGUGCAAAAUUCAGCCCAUCUCCAAGGGUAGAGUGAGAGUCGAGUUUGAUAGCCCGCAACACUGCAAAGAAACUAUUGAGCGGACUAAAUCGAUCCAGGGAUUGGCGGCCCAGGAGGAAAAACUUAAACGCCCACUGCUCAUACUCAAGGGCAUCAGCAAGUCUAUUGCUCGUGAGGAACUGAUAGAAAUAGUUUGCUCACAGAAUUCCAUUCAGGAAAGUAACAUUAGAUUGUGCUUCCUCACUAGCAAUCGUAACAGUAAUUUAUACAACGCCGUGGUAGAGGUAUCCCCUGACGUCAGGUCUACUAUCGUCUCUCUAGGCCGUGUUAACGUCGAGCACCAGAGAGUUCACGCAGAGGAUUUCUCUAGGUUCCUGCAGUGUUUUCUCUGCCUCCAAUUCGGCCACACUCGGGCCAAGUGCACAGCAAGCAGUCUGUCGACUAUGGCCUACAAGAACCAUUCACUAGCAGUUCUGCAGUGUAACUUAAAUAGAAGCUACAUUGCGCAGUCAGAGUUUAACAGAUUGUUCAUUGAUAACAACUUUGACAUUGCCAUUAUAUCUGAACCUUACGUAGGCAACUCCAAAAAGCUUACCGGCAUCCGUGGUGUCCAAAUUAUUCAAUUUCCUAGAGGCGAUCGACACGUUAAAGCUUGCAUUUUCGUCAAAAACAAAACCGGCUGCGCACUAUGCCGUACUGAACUCUCUUCCCCAAACCUGGCAGUUGCUGAGCUUUCUUUGGGAGGUAGGAAACUAUUGAUCGCUAGCGCCUACAUAGAGCCUAACGAUGAUAAGGACAACACACUCACAGCAAUUGAGCGAUUCCUAUCCUCCACCAGGGGUUCAUUGCAGCUCCUUGGUGGAGAUCUAAAUGGUUGGCACACCGCCUGGGGAGCUAGCCGAAAUAACAGAAGAGGUGAAGAUAUUUUAGACAUAAUUUCAGCUGAAGACAUGUCGGUUGUCAAUGAAGGGGAUACCCCGACCUUCGAGGUAAUUCGUAAUGGUCUCAGAAUCCAAUCUAUACCUGACGUGACUAUUGCGUCAUCAAACCUUGCGCACCAGAUUUCCAAUUGGCAUGUUAACUUGUCAGUCAUGGUCUCUUCCGACCAUAACCCUAUUCAAUUUGAAAUAGGAGUACCCCAAUGUGUGGAUAAGAAUAAAGUGAAAUCUACCCUUAUUUAUAACACGAAACAGGCCAACUGGGUUGGCUUUAAAGAAGACUUAAUUAGAUAUGUCACUAUCAGCGGUCUAACAAUACUUCAGUUUGAGGCCCUUGAUAAUAACCAGAUUCACGACGCGGUAACUCAGCUCAUCAAGGAUAUACACGCUGCUUGCAGGCGCAAUAUUCCCAAAAGGACAGGUAAUCGAGACUCUAACCCCUGGUGGAACGCCGAGCUAGAGGCCCUAAAGAAACAGUGUAUAAAACUUCAUCACCGCAUACAUGACUUGUCUGUGACGGGUAAACCCCUCGGCAGCACACUCGACGAAUACCGAGCUCUUAAAGCUGAAUAUGCUAAGAAGAUAUCCUUUGCAUCUACCCAACAUUUCAAAGAGUUUUGUAGUGCUCAAGGUAAGGAGGAUGUCUGGGCGAUAACCAACCGACUGAUGAAAUAUAGCAAUAACUUCCGGUCCCCUCCACAAACUGUAAGAAUAGGCCAAAUACACACUGAUUCAUGCGCCACUACUGCCGCCGCUCUCUUAAAUCACUACUUCCCGGAUGAUGGUCCAGAUACUUCUGUUCAACAGCGCCUGCUUAGAGCCGAAGCCAAUAAUAUCCCUGACACUGAUGAGGACAUACCCUUCACCCGUGAAGAGGUGGAGGAAUGCCUGGCUUGA